CCCCACCUGCCCUCCUCCUCCCCUCCGAAUCUGGAAGCGUCGGGAUCCGUAGGCGAGGAAAUAACGACCCCUGCAGUUGCAUUGCGGAAAAUCUCGGCGGCGGCGGCGCUAGUUGCAGGCGAUGGAAGCGAGGCAGCUGGGGGUUCUGGGGAGCCCAGGAAAAUAGCAGAGGAACCGAAAGCGCGCGCGCGACUUGGGGAGCCUGCGGCCCCCCGAUGCGCCCGGGUCCCCGGCUCCCAACCGUUUCCGCUCGGCGCCCUGGACGCGCCGCCCGAGCCGGGCUCGGAGGAGGCGGGCUGCGCGCGGACUUGGGGACCAGGGAGGGUCGGCGGAGGCUGCUGGCGGCCGGAUUAUUCGGGCAAUAAUCCCUGCCUCUCUCUCUCUGUCUCUCUGUCUGCUGUGUCUGCUCCUCCCCCCGCCCCCCGGAAGCUGGAGGAGAACGGCCCCGGAGCGGAGCAGCCACCCUCUGACCAUGCCCCGGUGAGGGGGGCGGACUUCGAGGGCAACUUGUCGCGGACCGCCUGGGCUUAGCCAGCGAGCUGCGAGCUGCCGGGGGCCCGGAACUGCGCGGCGCGGCCCGGCGGGGGGCUGUCGUCUAUGUCUUCUUGGGGCGCCCGGCGGAUCGGGGUCUCGUUUUUGCCGGAAGAGCCCAGCGCUGGUGGCUUCAGGUGGCUGCCGCCGCCGCUGCUAGUGCUCUUUCCGCCGCUCGUGCGAGGAGGGGAGACCGGCGAGCGGGGAGACCUCCGGGGCAGCGAGGCAUCGGACAUGUGUCAGCACAUCUGGGGUGCACAUCCGUCGAGCCCAAGGGGAGAUUUGCCGGAACAAUUCAAACUGCGAUAUUGAUCUUGGGGGUGACUGUCCCUGGCCAGCUGUCGGGUGGGAGUGCGAGUGUGCGCUCGCUCGGGAGUGUGUGCGUGUGUGUGUGUAUGUGUGUGUGCCGUGUCGGGCUCCCCCCUGCCCCCCCUGUUUUCCCGUCGAGUAAUGCACUUGGAAUGAGAAUCAGAGGAUGGAAAUAGUCUGGGAGGUGCUCUUUCUUCUUCAAGCCAAUUUCAUCGUCUGCCUAUCAGUUCCUUCUUUCUGGGGAUUGGUGAACUCAGCUUGGAAUCUUUGCUCUGUGGGGAAACGGCAGUCACCAGUCAACAUAGAGACCAGUCACAUGAUCUUCGACCCCUUUCUGACGCCCCUGCGCAUCAAUACUGGUGGCAGGAAGGUCAGUGGGACCAUGUACAACACUGGAAGACACGUGUCCCUGCGCCUGGACAAGGAGCACUUGGUCAACAUAUCAGGAGGGCCCAUGACGUACAGCCACCGGCUAGAGGAGAUCCGGCUACACUUUGGGAGUGAGGACAGCCAGGGGUCGGAGCACCUCCUCAACGGACAAGCCUUCUCUGGGGAGGUGCAGCUCAUCCACUAUAACCACGAGUUAUAUACAAACGUCACAGAAGCUGCAAAGAGCCCAAAUGGAUUGGUGGUGGUUUCUAUAUUUAUAAAAGUUUCUGAUUCAUCAAACCCAUUUCUUAAUCGAAUGCUCAACAGAGAUACUAUCACCAGAAUAACAUAUAAAAAUGAUGCAUAUUUACUACAGGGACUUAAUAUAGAGGAACUAUAUCCAGAAACCUCUAGUUUCAUUACUUAUGAUGGGUCAAUGACUAUCCCACCCUGCUAUGAGACGGCAAGUUGGAUAAUAAUGAACAAACCUGUCUAUAUAACCAGGAUGCAGAUGCAUUCCUUACGCCUUCUCAGCCAGAAUCAGCCAUCUCAGAUCUUUCUGAGCAUGAGUGACAACUUCAGGCCCGUGCAGCCACUCAACAACCGCUGCAUCCGCACCAACAUCAACUUCAGUUUACAGGGGAAGGACUGUCCCAACAACCGAGCCCAGAAGCUUCAAUAUAGAGUAAAUGAAUGGCUCCUCAAGUAGGGAACAAGGCCAAGAAGAGUCCCCACCUCACUGAAAUGCUACGACUGUGAAUUGACGUAACCCAGAAUGUCCCUUCUUUUUUCUUUCUCCUUCUCCCCCUCAAGCCUCAUUCACUCUUUGGAUUGGCCCUUUCUUCAUGAAAAGUGUCUGCAAAACCAUGGCAGAGGAACGCAUCUCUUAUGAGCACACACACACACACACACACACACACACACAAGCACUGACACAUCCAUAUACACACAUGCAAACAUAUCUACACACAAAGAAACUCACUCAGCCUCCAAGAUGGGAAGUCAAGUUUCAGAACAAAAGGCUCAUUAUAAGAAGUCUUAGAAGAAAAUAACCAGUUAACCUGAUUACAAUUUUGAUACCGUUUUCCUGAACUAAUAAAUCUACCCAAUGAGACUUUUCAGCCUUUGUACAUACAAAAUUCUGCCAAAAGAGAGAGAGGAGAAAAUGCAGCAUCAAGCGAACUUUGUUCUUUGCAUCAAGUCAUCUUGGAUAGUGUCCUCCGAGGGUGCUGGCGACAGGUGAACCAGGACGAAGUUGGCCAAGGACACUUAUUUCUAGAUUAUGAUUCUUCUGUUUACUCAACAAUUUAAAAAGAAAAUAAAAAAAGGACAGACAUUGAAGAGAUACACAUUGUAUAUAUAUAUCACCACAGACUAUAACGAAAUGGAAUUAUUUCCCCUCUUUGUCACAUACCUGUAGUAGGAUUUGCCAAGAUCAGAAACGAUCCAUUUGCUGUUUCUUGUUUUCCAAAGGUCAUACAUUGUGUUUGGUUAUUGUUAUCAGCUCAAUAAAUGUGUUUAACGAGUUCAUUUCAUUUUUCUGGCUUUGGUCUGUUCUCCUUCCUUGCAGGCUAAGCCCUGGCUCCAUGCAAGUGCAUUCUUUGCACUUGUUCCUUUAUCCACGUUUUGUUCAUUUGCAGCCAGUUUUUACUGAGUUUGUGGCAAUCAGGAAUGCAUUUGCUAAGCAAGUAUAACUUUAAUUCCACUCCAUGGCUCAAUCGUUCAUACAGGGUGAGCUUCAGCCUGAGAAAGCAGGCAACAGAUUUCUUGCGUUUCAAAACUGCCAUCCCCCGCCCCUGUGAUGCUCGCCUGAAGGAAUGCACUUUGCCUUGUAAAUUCCUGGGAAAGGGGUGUCUUUUCUCUCCAGGUGCAGCCGGAUCUCACAAAGUACAAACGAAUGCCUUUCGUUUCUUGUUUAUAAUGGUCACUCACUGUGUUUGGUUACUGUCAAGAAAUCAAUAAAUGUGUUUAACAAGUUA